AUUCCGAGCUUUUUCACUGCCCAUGAACGCAGCAUGUUAGCCUAGCAUUGUGCACACAGUAACUCAUGAUUCCUGUUGAAGCUUCAUCUUACAGCUGGGCUAACUGUUCUACUUUAUCAGUGAGGUAAUGAUGAGAUGUUUUUGGUGAAGAACAAGAGAACCUAAAGGAUAAACAUGGACAUCAGUGAGUCUGUGGUCUCCGCAGGCAGGGCCGUGUUGGACAUAGUUGAGCGGGAGUGGCAGCCUCUGUCCCCGGCUGAGCUGGAGCAGAGACUGGACCAGGCUGUGGAAGACAUCCUGGAGGCAGACCUGAUGGGACAACUCAGAACUCAGCCUCCUACUACUAUAUACCUGCAGUUACAACAAAGUCAGGCUGAUGUGCAACCUCAAGUUUUGCAGACGACAACAACAUGUAGUUCUCAAGAGGAAGACGAGACAGGGGAUCCUGGGGAGCCUCUGCAAACUUCAGACAGUGCUGCAGUCCAGCACAUCGCAGACCUGCUUCAGAGCUCCAAAUCCAGAACUCGAAUGGCAGGACGGGCUUGUUUAUCCCUUCCUCAUACCAUCAUGCUGUCCCUCACUCUACUCUCCGAGCGCAUCAGUUACCGCACCGUUUCCCACCGCUUCCACCUGGAGAAAGGAAACAUCCACAGGAUCUUCUUCUCCUUCUGUGAGCGCAUCAACAUGCUGGAAGAGACACUCAUCACAUGGCCGAGCGGCCAGGAAGCAGGAGAGGCUCUUGUCCCUCUUUUCAGUCCAGAGAAGGAGCAGGAGGAUCAAGACGUCCCUCUGGUGCUGGGAGUGUUGGGACACACCUGCAUCCCUAUCCGCCUCCCCUUCGGGAAGCGUGACGUGGAGAGCACAGCGCCUGAGGUGAAGAGGAUGAAGACGGAGGCCCACGCUGACUCCUGGUUAAACCUUGAGCUCGUGUGUGAUCACAAUGGUCGCUUUUUAAACUGCAGAAUCAGUAAAGAAUCAGAUGUGGACAGAGGCAGAGCUCUGAGAGACAAGCUUCAACAAAACCCUGAUCUGUUACCUUCAGGCUCCUGCCUUGUUGCCAGAUCUGAGUACCCGCUCUCUGCUCAGAUUUUAACUCCAUACUCAGGAAGUCUUGGACCAAGAGAGGAGCUCUUCAACAAGACACUGGAGGGACAUUUUCACAUCCUGGACCAGGCUGUUGCCAACCUUAAAGCCAGAUUUCAGAGACUCAGAUAUCUGGAUAUUGGAAACUAUGAUCGAGCCAGAGCGGUUGUGCUGACGGCCUGCGUGUUGCACAAUGUGUUUCUGGACAUGGGACAGGUGGUUCAAGGAGAAGUUGAGAAAGAGGAUUCUUUAUUCAGUGAAGCGGAGCAGGAGAUGGACGAGGAGGGUGUACAGAGACGUGAUGCCAUCUCUGAUUUAUUGUUUAAAAACUUUGAUUGUGUUGGAACAUAAUGUGAUGAAGACUUUAGGGAAAUGUGUGUUCAUGGAUGUGAAGACACUGUUUUGAAAUAUAAAGGUUUAUUUCAACUAGA